AAUUUUACAUAGAUAGAACACAUUGCACUCCAAUCCAAUUUCAAAACUUUCGUUUAUUUGUUGGUAAUCUUCUCAACCAUAAGCCGAGAAAGCACGUGUGCUUUCUCGGUUCCCCGGCAUGGCAUCCGGCCGUAACAUGAUUGUUCUUUUAAUUUUCGCCUUCGCUAACAAGUCAUUUUCCGAAACAAUUAUUCAAAUGCACCCCGCAGCUCACCGAGCCCAUGCAGACGAUAAAGGCUCCGGGUUCUACUGCGAAAGCUGGAGAUAUAGCGUGGAAACCAAUGAUGCAGGGGAAUGGAGGAGCAUUCCUGCGAGGUGCAUAGAGUUUGUGAAGGACUAUAUUACCGGGGAACGGUAUCGGUCGGAUUUGGAGGUCGUUGCCGAAAAUUCGUUGGAGUUUGUCAAGAAUGUGAAGAUGGUUGGUGAUGGCAAGGAUGCAUGGGUUUUUGAUAUUGAUGAGACUUUAUUGUCCAAUGUGCCUUAUUAUGCUGCUCAUGGAUUUGGCUCAGAAUCAUUCAACGAAAAGACUUUCAAUGACUGGGUGGGCUUGGCUGAGGCACCUGCCCUCACAGCUAGUCUGAGAUUGUACAAGGAGCUCAGCGAGAUGGGAGUUACUUUGAUUUUGUUAACAGGUCGGGAAGAAUUUCAAAGAAAUGCCACGGAAAAGAAUUUACUGGACGCUGGAUUCAGCCAUUGGGAGAAGCUGUUGUUAAGGAAUCCUUUGGAUAAAGGAAAACCAGCAACCACAUACAAAUCCGAAAGGAGAAAGGAAAUCGAGGAUGAAGGUUACACCAUUCACGGGUGUUCAGGAGAUCAAUGGAGCGACCUCAUGGGGUACGCAAUGGGCAUACGCUCCUUCAAGCUUCCGAAUCCAAUGUACUACAUUCCCUGACCAGAGUUGAAGUGAAACUAGCCAGUUCUGGAGAAUGUUGUGCCUACAUUUGUGUUUCAUUUAUGUCAAAGUCAUGUGCUGCAAUGAGUUUGUAACAUUUCUGAUGUUGUUUAAUUUCUUGUUAUUUUUGAGGUGAUCUUGUAGGUGAUAUCUUCAAGGUAACAAGACAAAUGUAAAAUAGGCUGGGCAAAAGCCGAAUGCUCCCACAUUCUCUUUUUAUGUAGAUACAUUUGUAAUGGUAUGUGUGAAAUAUUAGACGUGUGAUGAUUAAUUUAAUCAAAAAGAAAAUAGACUCGAACAAAAUCUUACUCCUAGUC